AGGAUUGUCAUCAGGAAAGUAUGGAUGCUUGGGUGAGGGAGAAGGUGGGUGCAGCUUUGCGUUUUGGGAGGUGUAUGUGUGGUGUCUGCUGUGAUCAGCGGUCAAGAUUCAUCCUUUCGUUGUUGAUUGCGAUCCUGGGGUGGCUGACGUGUCUGACCUGUGUUCAGUGUCAGUUCUCAGUGGACGGUGGCGAUGAGGUCUUUAUGAACGAUAGAUACGCGCUCGAUCUCGAUCCCGAUCUCGAUCUUUAUCAGGAGCAGAAGUCCUCGGCGGCUAUGGCGUCUCCUUGCCCGUCGGGAUUGCCUGAUCUUGAUGGCCGCUGCGGUCUGUCGAAGACGGAGGAGGGUAUGGAUCGACGGUAUCUGGCUUCUUCUUCUUCGUCUAGCACGUUGGCAUGGCAAGAGCUUAACGUAACGGGCGCGAAUCCGUUUGCCAUAGCUAACGUAAAGCUGCUGCCUUUGAUCGUCCACGACAUCGACAAAGACUUCAGAUCUGUUCCAAACCGUUCUUGCUCUUCGUUCAUCACAAACAUGGUGAUGGAUUCGAAUGCCUCCGUUCUGUACUACGUUGUGGAGGAGCGAUGUGCAAAGGGUGAUCGACGCAGCGUUGCCCCUGCUUCCCGUGAGAGGCUGUCGAUCCGAAAAGCCGAUCUGACGGUGAUCAGACAACAACUGUUUCAAUCUAACGGCUCCAAACCGUACAUUGCACAUCUUGAGAGCUUAAUUAGUUACGUCUGGAAGGUGAGCAACAGCAGCGGUGAAGCGAUCUUCUCCGCUGUUUAUAACACUCCCCCCCCCUCCUCCUCGUCGUCGAAGGGGGAGGAGGGUCAGGAGGGGGUUUCGCAAAUGGCCUCCAUCUUAGGUCUGGAGCUGUCUGCGAACGGCAAACGCCUCAUCCUGGCCUCAAGCACCUACGUCGUGUCGCCCGAGCUGACCUUCCUAUCGGUAAUCAACGGCACUAGAUCCUCCGUCCGAUUGAAUGGGACAUCGAUCCAAGGGUUGGCAAAGCAUCCGAAGACGACGGAGCUGUACAUGUUAGACAAGAGCCAAGAAGAUGAGGCGUGCUUACUCUCCCUCUCCCUCGGGGUAAUCGACGACGAGUCCCGACUUCCCGCCGCCGCCGACUUCACGGUCAUCUCGGAGACGAACGUCGUGCAGAGCUUUGACGGCGAUGGCGAUGGCGACGGCGACGGCGUACGCCACGUGUCCGACGACGCGCAGAUCGGUCCCCACGGCUUCGACGCCAACGGCACGUGUCUGUAUUUCAUCGAUCCGCAGGCGCAGGUGGUCUGGGGGCUUCAGUCGGGAUCGGGAUCCAAGCACAACAACACCUCCCCCUUCCCCUCCCCCUCCUCUUCCUCCUACUACUCUGCGGCGGAGGCUGCUGGCAAUCUCUCCGUCAUUGCUGGGAUCAUCGGGAACAAGACGAGAAGGCAGUUGCAAAAGGCAUCUUCGUACGGCGAUCCCGACCCGACGAUGGUCCUCCUCGACGACUUGCGAGACCUGGUCGCGACUCCCGACGGCUGCAACCUCUUCGUCGUUAACGGCAAUGCGGUUGAUUGGAUCAAGGUUGAUUGGCUUUGCAGAAAAGGCGGGAACGUAUCGAUCGUCGCUCGGUACGAUGGAGGGGAGCUAUCCGGCUUGGCGCUCGGCCGCCGCCCAUCCCAAUCCCGAUCCCGACCCUCUGAUAACUUGACGCUGUGGGUGGGGGCAAGCAACGGGGACAUAUUCGAGCUGCCCAUCGACUCCUCGAAGCUGCACACUUGCAAAUGGGAGUGGGAGGGGGAGGGGAGCGUUUGGUCGGAAGCAGCUGUGAGCAGCAGCAGCAGCAGCAGCAGCAGCAGCAGCAGCAGCAGCAUCGAGUCAAAAGCCUGGCCUAGCGUGAGUGCCAGCAGCAGCAGCGCGCCAAGCCUGGCGUCGUCGAAGGAGGUGCCCGAUUUGUAUCAUCCAGCUCGGACUGCCGACGCCUCUUAUCAGAUCAAAGGCGGCGGCAAUCCCGAUGGAAGGGGGGAUAGCUCCUCGGGAUCCCUGAUGGCGGUCAAGAUCGGCUUGCCAGCUGGCAUAAUCGCUCUGAUCGCGGUGAUUGCCGUCGUGCUGCUGGUGAUGAGGCGGAGGUUGUCUUCGCUGAGGGGGGAGUGCAGUGCGAAAUCUCUCCCCACGGCGAGGGUGGAACCCAUCUCGUCAGCAAGCAACGCCAGCGGUCGAUCGUCGCCGCCGGCGGUAAUCAUCAGCCGAGCGAAACUCCAUCCGGCGGAGGUGAAGAGGUUCGAUCUAACGACCUUGAUGACCUGUACGGACAACUUCAGCGAUGAUCGGCGCAUAGGACAGAGGGGAGGGUUUGCGAACGUGUACUUGGGGUCGAUAGACGGCGAGGAUGUGGCAGUGAAGGUGAUGACCGGUGAUCUGACGGACGCCGAGCGACGGAUGUUCAUCAGCGAGGUAAACACGCUAAGCAGGGUACAUCAUGCCAAUCUCGUCGAGCUGAUUGGCUUCUGCCAAGAGGCCGAUCGGUCUAUCUUAGUGUACCCCUACUUUCCUGGUGGCUGUCUCUAUGCUCGCCUGCACAACAACAACAACAACAACAAGCAGCAGCAGCAGCAGCAGCAGCAGCAGCAGCGGACAUCAUCGAUCAUCCCUGAAUUCCCCCCCCCUCCUCCUCCCCUCACCCUCCUGGAGCGCAUGUUUAUCGCCCUGCAGAUCUCCAAGGGGAUUGGUUACCUACAUGACGGCUGUGAUCCGCCGAUCAUUCAUCGAGACAUCAAGAGUAGCAACGUCCUUCUUGAUGAUGGAACUGGUCACAAGAUGCAUGCCGUUCUUGCGGACUUCGGGCUGGCGAAGAUUGGAGAGAGCGUGUUUGGAAUGCGGCGGGAAAGUUCAGUCGCAGAGUCAUCGGACAUUCCCGGAACUUUUGGAUACAUGGCGCCGGAGUACAUCCUCGGCCACGUGACAGAGAAGAAUGACGUGUACGCUUUUGGCGUUCUCCUGUUCGAGCUCCUGACAGGGCGGAUGGUGGUGACGUCAGCAGCUCCUGGAGGCGACGGGAGGUGCACGACGAUUGUUCAGUGGAUAGAGCCGUUCCUACGUGGCGAUGAUCGGGAUUCCGAUGUGCGAUUGCCGGAUGCAGUGCUGGAUCCUCAUCUAACGAGGGAGGUGAUGGGAUUAGCGGAGAAGCGAGCAGUGAUGGAGAUGCUUCAGCUUGCAAAGAAAUGCGUCCACCUGGACCUCGACACAAGACUCGACAUGACAGUCGUGGUAGAAACGAUUCGCAAUCUCUUGGCAGAGACAAUGAUGCAGAUUGGAUAUCGAUGAUGAUGAUGAUGAUGAUGAUGAUGAUGAAUGACGGGUAUGAUGAUGAUGAUGAUGAUGAUGAUGAUGAUGGUAGAUUAUUGUGCUGCUUCGGGGAAGGAUGAUUAUGAUGAUGAUGAUGAUGAUUGGAAUCAUAAGGGUAAUCAGAGGUCGGAUGUCCAGACAGGUGAUAUCGUUGGAGGGCAUGUCGGGAAUCGAGAGGGAUGCUGUGCGAUCUGCUAGAUGGAAUGCGGAGGAGGUGGUUGUUCCUCCUUCACCCCACAUUUCGCAGACGACGGCGAUUUCCCAAACGGC